AUGGUGUUGCUGAUAGACCGGUGUUAUAUUACAGUACAAAUCAUAAUUCCUGUUUCACAACUUCUGUUGUGGGUUUUAAGGAGUGCUUGGGCAGUCCUGUCCCAGUGCUAUGGCUCUCUAACGCCACCCGGGCUCGGGCUGUGCCACUCGGCUUCUGACCCCGCACUGGGCCAGCCGAGGAAUACAACCCCCGUCAUGACACACCUGGGUGCCACAGCCCAGCAGGUGCCCGACUCAGCCUCCGAGCGGCUGAAUGGCACAGGUCCCAGCACAAGGCGCAAAGCCUCCACGGCGCUGGAGUCCUUCAAGCGGAUCGGCAUGCCCGUCCUGGCAGCACUGCUCGGCAUCGCCUUCGUGGUUACGGUCGGGUUCCUGGGUUUACGGGUCCCCGACGGGCCACCGGCUGGGGCCCGUGUUUCCAAAGACAGAUCCAUCCUGCAGGUGCUUAACAGAAACACCGGAGCCUGGUCCUGCAUCUGCCACGACCACUUCAACCUAAUGCUGGCAAAAGCAGCCUGUGAGCAAAUGGGCUACAGGAGCACGCCCACUUUCCGGCCGGUGGAGGUGGGCGCGGGGCAGCCCCUGAGCCUGCCGAAAUGCUCCUCGGGGUUUGUUGUUUCGCUCUUCUGUUCCAACUGCGGGGAGAGCACCAGGACUCCGCGCGUGCUGGGCGGGAGCCCGGCCGCCAUCGAGGCUUGGCCGUGGCAGGUCAGCUUGCAGUACAGGAAGGAGCACAUCUGCGGCGGCAGCAUCAUCGACCCCAGCUGGGUCCUGACGGCAGCGCACUGCUUCAAGAACAACCCCAUCAUCCAGAGCUGGGGUGUGAAGGCCGGCUCCAACCUCCUCUCGGGCACUGCCACCCUCGCUGUGGAGAAGGUCUUCCUGGCUGCGGUGACGCCCGCGUCUCCCAGGGACAACGACAUUGCCCUGGUGAAGCUGCAGUCUCCCCUGCGUGUCUCAGACAGCAGCAAGCCCAUCUGCCUGCCCUAUUUCGACGAGGAGCUGGUGCCGGGCACGUCCCUGUGGGUGGUAGGCUGGGGCUACACACAGGAGCACGGCAAGCUGUCGGAGACCCUGCAGCAGGCGGAGGUGAAACUUGUCGACAAGGAGAGCUGCAACCUGGCUGCCUACCACGGGCAGGUCACCGAGAAGAUGCUGUGUGCUGGGCUGCCCCAAGGCGGGGUGGACACCUGCCAGUCAGAGCUCUGA